AUGACAUAUUUCGAGUGUCCACCUAAUCUGCAUAAGCAGGACGGUUAUUUUUGUGACAAUGAGCAGGGACGGUGUUACGGCGGGCGCUGUAAGACCAGGGACCACCAGUGCAAUGCAUUGUGGGGACAUGGGUCAGCCGAACGGUUUUGCUAUGAAAAGCUGAAUGUGGAAGGCACAGAGAGAGGUAACUGUGGGCGUGAGGGAAACCGCUGGGUGCCGUGCAUCAAACAGGACGUCUUGUGUGGAUAUCUACUCUGUGCCAACGUCACAGGAUCUCCACGGGUUGGUGAACUUCUUGGUGAAAUCACCACCAUGACUUUCUACCAUCAGAAACGGUAUAUUGACUGCAGAGGCGGCCACGUGCAACUAGUGGAUGGCACUGACCUCAGCUACGUGGAAGACGGAACGCCCUGUGGGCCCAACAUGCUGUGUCUUGAUCACAAAUGCCUUCACGUGUCUGCCUUUAACUUCAGCACCUGCCCGGGUAGCUGGGGUGGCCAGACCUGCUCAGACCACGGGGUCUGCAGCAACGAGGGCCAAUGCAUCUGCUAUCCCUACUGGACGGGCAAAGAUUGCAGUGUUCACGACCCCACUCCAGAGCCGAAGACCACGGGGGAGACCGAGAAGUACAAGGGCCCCAGCGGAACCAACAUAAUUAUCGGCUCCAUUGCGGGAGCCAUCCUGGUUGCUGCUAUUGUCCUCGGUGGCACCGGAUGGGGAUUUAAGUAAGCAGCGUCGACCUGCACGUGACGUGCCUCCUGGAUUGCGGUGCCCUUGCGCUGUGUUGCCUGGGGGCUGCCUCUCGCAUGCUCUGCACCAGGUGCUCUUUGCAGGGGAUCCCUUGAGCUCCUGCACUCACCGGGGGAGGAGGGGGGCCGAGCCCCAGAGAAGCCUGCUGAUCCCAAACACCAGCUUUGGCCAUUUCUCUUCGGGUGGAUUCACACAAUCGUGAUUUGCAUGCAGCUGUUGCCGUUGUCUGGCAAGAGGUUGCUCUGGUUCUUCCCUGGGGAAGACCUGGGGGAACCCCCCCCCCUUGACUUGGUCAAGGAGUUCGGUCUUGCUUGAGGCUGCCUCCCUCUUUCUUCUCUGCAGAAAAAGGGGACGCUGGGGGUGGAUUGAAAGUGCGGCUAAGAUGUUUUCCGGCAGGAAAGCGGCCGUCAGAGGAUGCAAAUUGGUGGUUGGUGCAAUUCCUUUAUCAUCACGGCAAUGGGGCACUGACUGGUUGUGUGUAUCCACCUGCUGACGCAUAAGGGAUGGCUGCCAGAGACACAGGGUGGGUGGGUUUGGUCAGAGUCAAAGGGACACUCAGCUUUUGGGAAGGCCGUUUUAUAGAGGUGUUUUGUAGCGCCACCCCUCCGACCUGCCCUUCUGCACAAGGUUCGGCUACCCUUUUGGGAGCUCACUUUUGAAAGACAUGUUUGCCGUGUUUGUUCUAGACAUCUUGAUGCAUAUUAUAUAGUCAGAAGGCCGUGCCUUGAAGCCAGAGUCAGAAUUAACAAAAGCAUGUCUUAGGUUGACUCUGCACUUGCGUUAUCGACCUGAGUUCGAGCUGCGUUCGACCUAAGUGCUCCGCACAACCACUGGGAUCGACGUGGUUUUGUACCAGCUUCGCCCCGUGUAACGG